GUCAGCACUGGAAGGCGGGGGCUGACAACUUCCCCUCCUUUCCCUGCUGCUGCUGCUGGUGGUUUCCAUUUCCAGGCUCAGUCUAGGCAGCAGCAGCCGCCGGCGCCGCGUUUCCCCGUAGUCUGGCUGUGUGCAGCCCAUGCAGUGUGUGCAGCAGGCUGGCAGUUAUGUAGCAGCGGAGAGGGGAGCAGUGCAUGCACGAACCCAGCUGCUGCAGCCCCAUUGUGUGUCCUAGCAUCCAGUGAUUAGCGUCAGCUGCUGUCACUCUCCUCUAUGUCUGCUGCAUAAUGGAAACAAUGGGAAUACGAAACAAGGGUCAGGAGAACAUGCAGCCCGAAGAGGAGGAGGUGGACCCUAGGAUACAGGGAGAGCUAGAAAAGCUUAAUCAGUCGACAGAUGACAUCAACCGGAGGGAAAUUGAACUUGAGGAUGCCAGACAGAGGUUCCGCUCUGUGCUGACAGAAGCCACCCUGAAGUUGGAAGAGAUGGUAAAGAAGAUCGGAAAAUCUGUGGAAGAUUCCAAGCCAUAUUGGGAAGCCAGGAAAGUGGCCAGGCAGGCUCAGCUAGAAGCGCAGAAAGCCACGCAAGAUUUUCAGCGUGCCACAGAGGUGCUGCGUGCAGCAAAGGAAACUAUAUCCCUGGCAGAGCAGCGGUUGCUAGAGGAUGACAAGCGCCAGUUUGAUUCUGCUUGGCAGGAGAUGCUGAACCACGCCACACAGCGAGUCAUGGAAGAAGAACAGAAAAAGACGCGCAGUGAAUUAGUACACAAGGAAACAGCUGCUAAAUAUAAUGCCGCCAUAGGCAGGAUGAGGCAACUAGAGAAGAAACUGAAGAGGAGCAUCAACAAAUCAAAACCCUAUUUUGAAAUGAAGGGAAAGUAUUACCUGCAGCUUGAGCAACUGAAGAAGACUGUGGAUGACCUCCAGGCUAAGCUUUCUCUGGCAAAGGGAGAGUACAAAACUGCCCUGAAGAACCUCGAGAUGAUUUCUGAUGAAAUACAUGAGAGAAGGCGUUCCUCAGCCAUGGGCCCCAGGGGGCGUGGGGUCGGUGCUGAAGGCAAUAAUUCUGUGGAAGAUCUCUCUGCAUGUAAGCUGGAAUCUGACACCAUUUCCAUGACCUCGGAGGUGUUUGAAGAUGAUAACCUUAGCAGUUUGAUCUCUGAAGAAGACUCUGAGACACAAUCUCUAUCAAGCUUAAGCUCUGGUCCAACAAGCCCGUCUGAGAUUCUGAGCAAUUAUCCAUCUGCACUACGUCCUGGCAGCUUGGACUUGUCAAGCCCAGUAUCCCUAUCUGAAUAUGGGCUGAUAUCUCCUGUCCUUGGCCCCCGAAGUGAAUGCAGCGGGGCCUCUUCACCAGAAUGCGAUAUGGAGAGAGGGAAUAGAGCAGAAGGAUCAGAAAACAAAGCCCAGGAUAGACUAAACAAUAACAGUGGCAGUAGAAACCUCAUGAAGGCCAAUGGUUUGCCUGCGCUGGACAACAAGAUGAAGCGGUUGUCUUUGGAGUGUACUGAUAAUGGCACCAGCACAGAGAUGAAGAAGUGUGCACGCUCUCAGUCCCUGGCCUCAGCAGUGAUGGUCAAUGUGGUGUGAGCACUGUGACAUACAGAUUGCAGAGCCGAUUUGUCUGUGCCAAAUUCUCCCCUCAGCCCAUGCAGUGUGCAAUGCUGCUGGGAUGUAACCUGGAUUCAGUGGGAGAGAUAUAGCAUGAGCUAGUGUGGUGAAUACAGUACAGAUGGAUUUUCCAGCAGGAGGCUACGAAUCUGUUUGCUGUCCUAAUUCACCAUAAAUCCUGGAGGUAGGGAUGAAGAGCAGGAUACCUAUAAUCUGAGCAAUAAGUAAAACAAUACAUGUGAGAGCCUUUGCCAAAUGGGAUCAAUCCCAAUAUUUGUGACAAAAUGUACUGUUCUUUGAGUCUUUGCUAUAUAGGACUGUGGUCUAUUGUGUUGCAGAGAUUCCGCAUCAUUGUAUUAUGUGCACAUAACUCUCCCAUUGAAUGUGACUGCCAUGUAACACUUCAAUGUGAUCAACUUACCUUUUUAGAUACUCGAUAGCCAUGUAUUUAUUUCUGUUUAAACUUGUAUUUAUCUAACUAUAUAUUGGAAAGUUCAAUGUAUAUUACUAUUCAGUAGCCAAUAUAUUGAUUCUUCCCCAACCUUCAACAAGGACUAAUAACCUAUAAACUAAACCAUCAACAGCCGUUCACCUAUCAAACAAAAAGAUCCAUAAUCCGGCAUCUAGCUAACCAGUCUACCACACACACAUCCAUUCAUCUGGUUAGCCCAGCAAUGCCUCAUCUUUCCCUAACAACCCACACUCUCCACAGUCAACUCAUCAACUGACUUAGCGGUCUGUUCAUGAAGUACUGAAAAGAGCAAAGAAAAGGUCCAGUGGAGAAGUUGCCCAUAGCAACCGAUCGGCUUUAAAAGAAUUCUUUGUCAAGUACAUUCUACAAAAUGUAAGCGAUAUGCUGAUUGGCUUCUCCACUGGUCUGUUUCUCCACUCUUUUCACUGCUUCAUGAAUAGACCCAAUAAUUAUAUAUUAACCAGAUGAAGACCCUACCAUCGAUGUAUCCAAAUUCUUCAUCAAAUAUCAUGUACCUGACCUAUGUCAUCUGUUGUAAACACCCCAUAUAAUGAUCAGCCCACCAAGCAUCAACUAUCCAUCCAACGCGCCACCAUCGCCCACUGGCUGCAUAAGCCUGUAAUAUGUUUUUGUUUACCCUACAUAUCUCUCCAAUCUGUUAUCUACUGUUGGUAGAUUUUUAUCGGUGUUUUCACACACGAUCAUAUGACCAUUCAAUCUGGUCAGUCACAAAGCAAUUCUCAACCCUUCUUGCCCGAAACACGUGUCCAUUUAUUCAACAUCAAGCAGUCCCCAUUCUGUAUGAGCACUUGCACUGUUUUAUUGAUAUAUUUGCACAAUGUUUGAAAGUGUUAUAAAAAAAAAAACACCUUCUGUUCUUAAAAAUAAUAGAAGUGCGUAAGGAUCUCUUUUGUAUCUGAGAUUAAAAUAAAUGAUUGCUUAUAUUGUAGACAAAUGAUUUAAUAUGACCCAUACUUGGUACAUUUCGUAUUUUUUAUAGAGAGUUGCCAGUGGAUCAUUAUUAUUUGGCCAAUUUUCCAAUCAGAAAUACAAACAAGAAAUUAAACGGUUACACAUCUUGUUAUAGACUUUAUUUUUUAUUUUUUUGACAACGUAUCUACGGUCAGUUUUUAUUCUUGUACAUAAAAAUACUAAAAUAAUCUCUGCCAUGUGCCAUUGGGCGUAAUAUUCUCAAUCUCUUUACCUAGGCCUGCCCAUUUAUCACACAACUGAAGGAGGAAAUAAUGCCCCUGCAAAUAAAAUGUAAUGACUAUGUAAGGAUUAAUCCAAGAUCUAUAGUGCAGUUCUCUAAUAUUGACAGUAGAUCUUACCACAGUAUUAUAGACACGCUAUACAGUACAAGUGACUGGUGCGAUCACCACAAGGCAUAGUGCAUGGUCUUCUAAUGUGAGAAGACGAUACUAGUGAAAUAGAGGCAAUGAUGCUGCUCUACAGAGACAGUGGAGUCCGUGCAUCUAGUGUGUAGUCCUAGCAUAAGCUAGCCUCUUUUCUGUUAUUGGUACUGUAUGUUUGCUUUCCUGUAAUGUGAUAAGUCCUUUUGCUGCCGUCUCUGUGUUAUGUUCUGUCUAAGCCACAACUUGUAUGUUUCUGUAGGAAAUAAGUGUAUUAAAUGGUGUUUCAUGCAA